AUGAAACAAAAAACGUGGAAAUAUUUUUUAUUUAUAUGUUUUAUUGGGUCUAUUUAUUAUUUUUUAUUAUCAUUACUAUCUACUAAAAGUUUAGAAAAUAAUUAUCAAAAUCAGUCAUUUCGAGCAGCUAUUGUUACUUUGACACGUGGAGAUAUCGCACGUUUACUUAAUAUGCUACAUUCAAUAGAAUAUUUUUUUCCUCAAUCAAUCUAUAAAUAUCCAGUUAUAAUUUUCUAUGAUUCACAUGAUACUGAGAUACAAAAUUCGACCAUAGAUUAUAUAAAAUCAUGUGUUAAAUUAAGAUUAAUAUUUGAAAAUAUUGUUUUAUUUAAAUUAAUGAAAAAUCCUAUUCAAACGAUGAACAUAAUUAAUCGUGAAAUUUCAACAAUUCAUCAACGUCCAAUAGGUUAUCGUUUUAUGUGUCAAUUUUGGUCACAUACUGUAUUUCAUCAUCCAUUAAUCAAAAAUAAUUAUGAUUAUAUAAUGCGAUUAGAUGAUGAUAGUUAUUUUUUAGAACCAUUUGAUUAUGAUCUUUUUGAUUAUGCAUAUAAAAAUAAACUUGAUUAUAUUUAUCGUGCACUUGCAUGGGAUAUUCCAAUGUCAGGACCUGAUUAUUUGCUUCCACAAUAUUUACGUACAUAUCAUAAUAAUUGUAAAUCAUAUUGUUUUCCAUUUCAAUCAUAUGAUUCGAUUUAUAAUAAUUUUUUUCUUACUCGUAUUCAAUUUUGGUAUCAAAAAACAAUUGAACAAUUUUUAAAUAAUCUUCUAUUAAAUGAUAGUAUUUUAAUUAAUUCAUUAGGUGAUGGAAAUAUUCAUGCUGUUAUAUUAGCAUUAGCAUCAAAUACAAAUCGUUCACAAAGAAUACAAUUUGCUUAUGCACAUAAUAUACAUAUAUAUGGAAAACGAAAUAAAAAUUUUGAUUUAUAUCAUAAUUACCAUAAUUGGUUUCAAAUACUUAAAAAUAAUAGUGAAAAUGCUUGUCAACAAUUAAUUAUUAUUGAACCAUAUAAAAAACAAUUAAAAUAUAUUAAUAUUAGAUAA